AAUAUAUAAGUGAACUAUACUAUAAAUAUUAAAAUACAAUAAUACAUUAACUUAAAACAAUAACUUGGUGUAUAAAGUAUUUAGAGAAAAUUAUAUCAAGAAAAUGAUGUUGACACUAUAUAAUAUUGGGUGGCUGAAAUUUGUAAUGAUAGAACUUAGUUUUGUGUCAAAAUAAAAGGGAGAGACUGUUGUUUUAAUUUGCAAAGAAAGAAGGAGGGGAGAAUAAAGGAACGCCAAAAUCUCCAUCUCUCUCUUCUUGUAACAAACCCUCCCACCUCCCCCCUCUUCCUCCUUGCAACAAAACCCUCAUAGUACUAUGGUAGAGACGCUCAAGAAACCCCAUGUCAUCUUCAUACCCUUUCCUCUUCAAGGCCAUGUCAUCCCAGCAGUUCACCUUGCCAUCAAGCUUGCAUCUCGAGGCUUCACCAUCACCUUCAUCAACACCCAGGCCAUCCAUCACCAAAUCUCCAAUGCUCAGCCCAGUAGUGAACCAGACAUCUUCGCCAAGGUCAGAGAAUCAGGCCUCGAUAUUCGGUAUACAACUGUCUCCGAUGGGCUUCCUAUUGGGUUCGACCGGUCGUUGAACCAUGACCAAUUCACAGCAGCCCUAUUGCAUGUGUUAUCGGCCCAUGUGGAUGAGGUGGUGGGUCAGAUUGUAAAGUCUGAUGACAGUAUUCGAUGCUUGAUUGCCGAUACAUUCUUUGUAUGGCCAUCAAAGAUUGCAAAGAAAUUUGGUUUGCUAUAUGUUUCCUUCUGGACAGAACCGGCUUUGGUGUUUUCCUUGUAUUAUCAUAUGGAUCUUCUAAUGAGAAAUGGUCAUUUUGCUUGUCAAGAUUGCCGAGAGGACACCAUAGAUUACAUACCAGGAGUUAAGGCAAUAGAACCGAAGGACAUGGUAUCAUAUCUUCAAGAGACAGAUACAACAUCCACUAUCCAUCAACUUAUUUUCAAGGCCUUCAACGACGCUCGAAAUGCAGAUUUUCUUUUAUGCAACACUGUGCAAGAACUUGAGGUCGAGACUUUGUCAGCCUUGCAAGCCAAGAUGCCCUGCUAUGCAAUUGGACCCAUUUUUCCUAAUGGCUUCACCGAGAGCUCCGUGGCCACCAGCCUGUGGUCCGAGUCCGAUUGCACCCAGUGGCUUGACAAAAAGCCUCAUGGCUCAGUCUUGUAUGUUUCAUUUGGUAGCUUCGCACAUGUUGCAAAAAGGGACCUCGUAGAGAUUGCAAAAGGGCUUUCCCUUAGCAAAGUGAGUUUUGUUUGGGUGCUUCGGCCUGAUAUUGUGAGCUCCGAUGACGCUGAUCCCCUGCCUGGUGGGUUUGAGGAAGAGGUUGCGGACCGUGCAAUGAUCAUACCUUGGUGCAGUCAAAGAGCAGUGUUGGCCCACCCAGCGAUCGGAGGGUUCUUAACACAUUGUGGAUGGAACUCUGUACUAGAAAGUAUAUGGUGCCAGGUUCCACUACUGAGUCUUCCUUUGCAGACAGAUCAAUUCACAAAUAGGAAAUUAGUGGUUGAUGACUGGAAGAUAGGGAUUAAUUUGAGUGAUGGAAAGUUUGUCACUAAAGAGGAAGUUUCUUACAAGGUCAAACGUUUGAUGAGUGGAAAAUCAGAGGACGGAUUCAGGAACACAAUCAAGGAGAUGAAGAAAACAUUAGAAAAUGCUUUGUCAUGCAAUGGGUCGUCAGAGAAAAGUAUGGCUCGGUUCGUCAAGGACCUAAGGACCAAGAUCAGUGAAAAGAUGAAGCCAGUAGACAGAUCUGUAUGCACCGGCAGCUAAAGCCAUUAGUUUUUAAGAUCAAACCCUAAGGCUAGAUACUUCAGCCAUGCAUGCGAGCCCCACUUCAAAAAACUGUCAAUAAUCAUUAUUAUUUAGGUUCUCUAGCUUUUGCAAAUUGAUUUGUAUUAGUAUAAUGGUAAAUAAUCAUUAUUCCCUCUUAUUUUUAUUGCCUAAUUACAUA